ACUAGUGGUGGAGGGUUCUCAGAUAAGGAUAAGUGUAAACUAGAACCAAACCCAGGACAGUGCUCUGAGAAAAUAUCAAGAUGGUACUAUGAUGAGUGGGAUGGCUGCCUUGAGUUUGAGUGGAGUGGGUGCGGGGGAAAUGCCAACAAUUUCAACUCAAAAGAACGUUGUGAUGAAGUCUGUGGUCUUAGUCCAG